AUGGAGACGAGUAGCAGCUUACCCAAAUGGGAGAUGCCGCCCAAGGAAGGCAAGAAAAUAACGGGUUUGCUCGUGAACAACUCCCUGACGCGCAGCAAGGUGGAGUUCGUUCCUCAGGAGAAGGACCAAAUCAGGUGGUAUGCAUGUGGACCGACGGUGUACGACGCGGCGCACCUGGGUCACGCCAGGACCUACGUCAGCUUCGACAUCAUCCGGAGGAUCCUCCUGAAUUACUUCAAGUACGACGUGUUCAUGGUGAUAAACAUAACGGAUAUCGACGACAAAAUUAUUAAAAGGAGCGAAGAAGAGAAAGUCAGCUUCAAAGAGUUAGCCAGAAAAUGGGAAUUGGAAUUUUGGGAAGACAUGAAAAAGCUCAAUGUCCUCCUCCCGACAGCCAUCACUAGGGUCAGCGAAUAUGUUGAUCAAAUCAUUCAUUAUAUAGAAAAAAUUAUUGACAAUAAAUAUGCCUAUGUGAGUGAAGAAGGUAGUGUAUACUUCGACAUUGACGAGUUUAAAAAGAUCCCAAAGCAUUUUUACGCUCGCAUGGAACCACUGUCUGUGAAGGAUGAAACGAAAAUUCUGGAAGGGGAAGGAGAUCUAGGAGUCAUAUCAAAGAAAAAAAAAAAUUCGUACGAUUUCGCUCUGUGGAAAUCAUCCAAACCGAAUGAACCUUAUUGGGACUCUCCUUGGGGAAAAGGAAGACCAGGAUGGCAUAUAGAAUGUUCAACAAUGGCUAGUAACAUUUUAGGAAGCGUUCUUGACAUACAUAGUGGGGGAAUAGACCUUCGCUUCCCACACCAUGACAAUGAAUUGGCUCAAAGUGAAGCUUUCUUUGACGAAAGUCAGUGGGUGAAUUAUUUUCUCCAUUCGGGGCAUUUACACAUAGAAGGGUUGAAAAUGUCUAAGUCGCUAAAAAAUUUUAUAACGAUAAAACAUAUGCUAAGUGAGUAUACCCCCAACCAGAUUCGUAUUUUGUUCUUACUGAACAAAUGGGACAGCUUCAUGAAUUAUAGUCCAAAUGGAGAAAGUAUGAUUCAGUGUGUAGAGAUUGACAAGUUUGUCUUUAACUUCUUCGCAUUACUGGAGAUGAAGAUAAAAAAUUUCCACCUGAGUAACUCCAAUUUAUUCUGGACCGAAGUAGACAAUAAUCUUAACAGCCUAUUCCGUUCAACAAAGAACAAAGUGCAUCAGGCUCUUCUGGAUAACUUUAACACACCUGAAGUUAUCCUCGCGCUGCAGAAGCUAAUCACCGAAAUUAAUAUAUACUUACAAAAUGAGAAGGUUCAAAUUGGGUUACUUCUCGAGCUGAAGCAUUAUAUCAACUUCAUACUGGACGACACCUUAGGGUUGGUGUAUGGUCAAUCGCAAAGUGGGAAGAAUGGAAAGAACGACAAAUUUGAUGAACUUCUCCACACACUUGGCACGUACAGAAGUAACAUUCGGACGACACUACAAAGCAAUGCUAAACUGAUUAGGAAAAUUACCAAAGAGACAAAAGAUGUCACGAAAAGGGGCGGACAGGAACAUGAAAGCAAUUCUACUGCCCAAGACAAGGACCUACUUUACGCCGAGUUUGUUAACAAUGUGAAGGCUAACAAUGAGACGUUACUCAAGGAGUGCGAUUUGCUACGAGAUGAGCGUCUGCUAAACAUGGGGAUACUCAUCGAUGACCGACCGAAUAACGAGUUCGUCGUCAAGGUGCUCGAUGAGAACCAACUGCAUCAGGAAAAGCGGAAGCGCGAGCAGGAACUGAGUAAGAAGAAGGGCGCGGUCGGGGGAGCCACAGCCCCGACGCCCAGAGGGGACCAGAAUGACAAGCGGGAGUGA